CGCAUAUAGCCUUGACUGUUUACUGACUCUACGCAGUGGAUUGAAAGGUUUUGUGUUUACGUUGGUGGAGAAGUAAAUCGAUUUCAAUGUUUGGAUAUUGAUAAGAAGAAGAAGAAAUGUUCCAGAAUAUAAAACCAACUUUUGGCAGUGGUGGCUUCAGCAGCGGCACAACGGCGACGCCUUUUGGGCAGUCCCCGUUUGGCAAACCAGCUGGCGGUGGGUUUGCCACCCCUGCAUUUGGUUCUACGCCAUCCUCAUUGUUUGGCAGUACUGCAACAUCUGCUGGAGGUGGUGUGUUUGGUGCUGCAACAACUACCCCUGUAUUUGGCCAGGCUGCUACCACACAGUCCACAGGAUUUGGUUUUGGAGCAAAUACUACAGGUACUACAAACCUCUUUGGCAGUCCACAAACAUCUGUGGGUGGGACUGGUCUUUUCGGUUCCACAUCAUCUUCUGCAUUUGGUCAGAAUAAACCAACAGCAUUUGGUGGCUUUGGUACAUCAACAGGCACCACAGGGGGUGGGUUGUUCGGACAGACACAACCCAGCCUCUUUUCACAGCCUGCGUCUACUGGGAACACCCUCUUCAGUUCAGGGUUUGGCAGUUCAACUUCAAAUACUGGAACUGCCAUGGUGAAGUUUACUCCUGUUACUGGUUCUGAUACCAUGAUGAAAGGUGGAGUAACUCAAACCAUCAACACGAGGCAUCAUUGUAUCACAUUUAUGAAGGAGUAUGAGAACAAAAGCUUGGAGGAACUGCGUUAUGAAGAUUACAUAGCAGGUCGUAAAGGUCCUCAAGGCACUGGAACAGGUGUAGCAACUGGCGGUGGGCUCUUCCAGCAGCCAGGAACAGCCUGGGGAAAUGCCGGCGCAACAGCUGCAGGAACAGGCAUAUUUGGGUCCCAGACUGACAAGCCAUCCCUCUUCUCUGCUCCGUCUACAGGUUUCGGUACUGGUACAGGUAUUUUUGGUGCCCAACCAGCACAGCAGACUGGACUCUUCGGCAAACCAACAGGUUUUGGUGCUGCUACUACUAGCUCGGGAACAGGUUUUGGAUUUAAUACCACCACCAGCUCAAAUCCAUUUGUAUCCCAGUCAAAACCAUUUGGCUCUGUUGCUCCACAAACUGGUUUAUUUGGCACUGCUACCUCACAGCCAUCCACAGGAUUUGGAACUCCAGCAGCUACUGGUUUUGGAGCCUUCGGAACACAGCAGAAUCAAGGACAGGGUAUUGGCAUCUUCAGUCAGAACAAGGCUCCAUUUAAUACUGCUCCUACAAGCACUGGCUUUUCAUUUGGUCAAAAUACAACUCAGUCAAAUCUCUUUGCAAAACCUGCUGUGCAAACUUUCGGGGGGUUUGGCACAUCAACAUCCAAUUUUGGUAAUGCUGGCAGUACAGGACUUUUUAACAACACCAGCACUACGGGAUCUACACCUCUAUUUGGCCAGGGCAACACUUUCAAGCCCAGUACAACAGGAUUUGGAUUUCCAACAUCUACAAGUAACACACUAGGUACUGGUCUAGGUCUUGGGACGGGACAGUCUCUAUUUGGACAGUCAACCAAACCGACAGGUCUGUUUGGUUCUGGCACAGGCACAUUUGGAUCUUCUGGUUUUGGCAGCAACACUGGCAUUGGACUUGGAUCAGCAUUGUCUAAUCCUCUGCUUGGUGGUGCCAACAAUACAAAUUUCGGGCAAACACCAGCUGCACGGGAGUUUCCAGAUCUUCAGGAUAAGAUACUGGCUUUAACACAGAUGCCGUAUGGUAAUCAGCCACUGUUCAGAAACACAAUGCCGGCCACUGGAAAAGCUGAUGAAAUUUUGAAGCCUAUAAAGCACAACCCAGAACGUGAGGCACAGUUUAAUCAAUUCAAGGUUGGAGGAGCAAACAAAAUACGUGUUAGACCUUGGGGCCAGGCUAAGAAGUCACUUUUUGAAGGACUGGAUGAUGAUUCUGGAAACUUGUCAUUUACACUUCGACCAUCACCAAAAAGAUUGUUGCUGAGUGAGAAAUUGCUUGAGACACAAGUGACGUCCACAACAGAGCAUGGACCUCUUUUUGACAGAUCAGGAAAUGAUAAUGUUGGUAACAGAUCAGACAGACAUUCUGAUGUUGGCUCACCUAUUAUCACUGCGGGAAAUCGUGAUAGUUCCAGUUCAGACAAGGAAAAUGUACCCCGAUUAAUUAAUACCAAUGUGAAUGUUGCUGAAACUCCCAAUAGAAGCAGUUCAUUGGAUAGAGAAAGCACUCCUGUUCGGCCACGGAAUAGUGCAGAAAUGGAAGCAAGAGAACAACAGCCAGUGGAGCCAUUGAGUGAUAGGUUGCAACAGUCUUCUAUAUCUGCAGGGACUGGAGCUAAUGAAGAAUUACCUGGAGAGAGGAAUAAUGAUGCAGAAACAGGUGGUCCUGUGGAACAGCACCCUGCAAGAAUUGUCUUGACACGUGCUGGAUAUUAUACAAUUCCCUCACUAGAUGAACUGGCAAGUUGUGUUGAGUCUGAUGGUAGCUGUAUUGUUGAUAACUUUACUGUUGGGCGAGAAGGUUAUGGGAACGUCUUCUUCCCAGAUCAGAUGGAUGUUGCGGGUCUCAAUUUAGAUGAAAUAGUACAUUUUCGCCAUAAGGAAGUACUGCUUUACCCUGAUGAUAAUGUCAAGCCGCCUUUUGGUGAGGGACUGAACCGGCGUGCUCAAGUGACUUUGGAUCGUGUGUGGCCUCAAGACAAGUCCAGCCAUGAGCUAAUACGUGAUCCAGACACUCUUGUUGCUCUUGGGUUCGAAGAGAAACUAAGGCGUGUUUGCUCUCGCAUGGGCGCUAGAUUUGUCGAAUAUCGUCCACAAACUGGGUCUUGGGUGUUCAAGGUUGAUCAUUUCUGAGCAGAAUUAAAGUGUCAGUUGCAACUUGGAGUUUCAACUAACAAGAAGUAUUCAGCAAGCAACUUCUGAUGUCUUACAGCAUGGAAAAUAAAUGUAUGUAGCAGGAUCUCAUGCUGUUGGUUACCUUUCCUCCAGCAUUAAAUCGAUAUUGCUUUAAAAAUUUCCUAAGAAAUGUAUCCAUCCAUAAGAGACAUAUCUAGCAUCAUGUGAAAGUGCUUAAGAAAUUCAGACUUUUAUUGUGACUUUCUGAUUUUGGUUUUUGAAUCAGUUGUUUCUAGCAACUGUGUCAUCCCUGUGUUAUUCUGAAGCACUGGCAGUAAGGGUCAUCAGACUAUUUUACAAUGCCUUGUGCUUGAGUUCUUGCAGCCUGCACUGUUAAUGUGUAACUGAAGUUCUAUUAAUUUGUGCAGUUUACCUGCUGUUGAAUUGUAUUAUCAAUAGUUGAUUAGAACAUAUAUAGUUUGUCAGUAAUGUAUGCAUCAUUGUCAUUUGAAGAAUUAUUUAUUUUUUAAAGAAAUUUAAUGUGUAUUACAGCUUUCCUAUUUCUGCUAUAGUACAAGGUCAGAUAAUUUGCUGCCCAUAAAUGGCUUAUCUGUUAUCAUUGUAUUGAAAACAAUUGUUUAACACAUGGUGAAAAUGAAGCAUACAGGCACUGACCAUUUUACGGACAAAACUUUUAUUAUUACUGUGUGAAUCAUUAUUUAGGACUGACUUGAUACAGAUAGAAAUUAUAAUGGUUGUUUCUGAGUAUGUUCCUAAGAUAAGUGUAUUUAAGCUGUACAUUGUUGUUAUUCAAGUUUGUUUAUAAUAUCUGUUCAAAUAACUCAUUAUUACUGUUAAAUAAAUCUUUUUUGAAGAACAUUUUAGUUAAUAGAUCACUUCAUAUAGGUAAAUGAGAGAAUUCCAUGUUUUUCUGUUUUACUGUAGUUUUAAAUAUGUCUUGUGCAACAUAAUACAGCUGAGUUAGAAUGCACAUUGUUGUUUCAUUCCUCUUUCAUUAAUUGUAAAUCAUUAGCUAAGUUUUGUUCCUGGCAUGAGUUUGCUGAUUUUAUUCUGAGCGACUGAGUGUGUUCACCAUUCUGGUAUUAUGUUCAUUUUUAGAUAGUUUUUUUUUUUUUUCAGUACCAGAUGUGACAGUGUGACAAUUUAAAAAACUUAUUCACGCCACAUAAUUUGUGACAUGUUUGCAUUUCAUUUUCAUGCUUUCCAGAAGCCGCAGCAAUAUGAAAAUUCUGCUAAAGUGACCUGUGGGUCUUGCAAGUGUACAAUUUGAGUAAUAUUCUUACUUCGGAUGUCAAAUCUUUGUAUAUGCGUAUACUUUAGUAUUAUUAUUAUUAUUGUUAUUAUUAUUAAUGUUGUUGCUCUUUUGUUAACUGGUCAUUUAUGGAUGACGAGAAACUUAAUUUAGCAUUCUGACAAUUGAUUCUCCUGGACCCAGCUUCUUUUCAUCAACACAGUGUGUAUAGCAUUUUAUUAUUAUUAUUAUUAUUAUUUUUAUUAUUUAAAUCUGAUGUGCAGAGGAAUGCUGUUUUCCCGCCGUAUUUGGUGCUGUAUCUGUACUUCUAAGGAUUUGUUUUAGGUGUGACAAUCACAUGUGGCAUCUGUUUGCAACAGCUUUGUUUGCUCACAUCUUAUCUCUAAAGUGAUAGAUAUCUUCAUUCUUCUUUGCAGGUGCUCAGUUUCACCUUUUUAAAUCGAUGAUCUUCACAGAUAUUUGAUUCUUCAUUUUGUGUGUGUGUGUGUGUGUGUGUGUGUGUGUGUGUGUGUGUGUGUGUGUGUAAAAGGGAGAAGGAGAGGGAGAGGGAGACUCUGACCGACCUUUAGCUAAAAUGUUUCUUUUGUUAUGUUUUAUGGGUUAUUUACAAUUUUAAUUUAAUAAGAACCAUUGUAUCAGUGGAUUUUGUGAUAUAUGAGGAUUUUACCAGUUGCUUGGUGCAGCAUGUGCAUGUUGAUGCUAUUGAAUUCAAAGUUAUUUUGUAAUUUAUUUUUUUUCUGUGUUGUGUGUGUGCUUCAACUCUUAUGCAUAGAAGGACAGUUAUUAAGUAAUAAUAUUACCUUUAGCUUUUCCAGAAAAUGUUAUUUAGACCCCUGUACUGUUUCUGUAAUGAACUUAAACAGUUGCUGAAAAAAAAUGCAAGAAUUCUAUUAAUAAGCAUAAUUACAUUGUACAUAAGUUAACGAAAAAUUAUCAAUUUUUUUUGUACAUAUCAUUUGGUAUUUUCUUAUUUGGUGAAUGUUCUCCCACCCAUAUACAGCAAUUAAUGUGAGUGAAACUAAAUUUUUGUUUAUGAGCAUGCAGUGAAGAAUAACUCAACACACCUGGUUUUGAGUUAGCCAUUACUUAGUAGUUCAUAUUUCAGCGUUGCGGAUAAUAUUUUAUAAGUUGUUGUGUCGGUGUAACUUGAGCUUUAUUGUAUCAUUGUGUAGUUUAGAAUUGAGAUAAAAGUAAGUUAAGUAAGUGAUGCGUAAUGACCUGUUUCAUUGGUUGUGUAAAGUAAAAAUUAAAUUACCUAACUUGGAAGAAGUUAAGUGAAUUGCAGUAACAGACCUUUAAUAACUCAUAAUGUAUGUAAAUAUUUUUAAAAAAUUGGGCAUCAAGGUGGUGUUGCUAUUAAGAAACAGGAAGUUUACUACUCAUUUUACGUAUUGAUUAGUUGCAGUAAAAUGGUCUGGUUGAAAUACCUGUUUGGCUCAUUGUUUACUGUACUGUUUUAUAAAGCAUACAACCAUUUCCCCUUCUUCUGAAGUAACUUUACAAUUACAAGUUUUCAUGUAUUUUGCUUGUCUUCUAAAUUUUAGUGUAACUUUUAAAUUAGUGUGUCUGUGCUGCUCAGUUGAUAGCCCAGAAGCAGUGAAAAGAAUGUCGUGUGAAUACAUGCUGAAUGUGAGUAUUAAAACAUUUAUCUGUCGACUGCAGAGACAAAUUGAUGAUUUGAAAAUUAAUAAGUAGAGUAACAGGAUGAUGUGGUAAAAUUUUUUAAUGUGUUUAUGGUUAUUUACAUGAUAAAAAUUAUAGAUAUGGUGUACAGCUGUUUGUAUACAUACACAAGUAGAUAAAGACCUUGUGUUAUUCCA